GGGGGCGGAUCCGCCAUGGCCUCGAACUGCGCGGGGGGCUCGUCGGCGGGGGGCGCCGGGGCGGCGCUGGGGGCCGCGCUCAGCGCCAGCAAGACCAAGACCAAGAAGAAACACUUCGUGUGUCAGAAGGUGAAGCUGUUCCGGGCCUCGGAGCCGCUGCUCAGCGUCCUCAUGUGGGGGGCCAACCACACGAUCAAUGAGCUAAGCAAUGUUCCUGUCCCUGUCAUGUUAAUGCCGGAUGACUUUAAAGCCUACAGUAAGAUUAAGGUGGACAAUCAUCUUUUCAAUAAGGAAAACUUGCCAAGCCGUUUUAAAUUUAAGGAGUACUGCCCAAUGGUGUUCCGAAACCUCCGCGAAAGAUUUGGGAUUGACGAUCAAGAUUAUCAGAACUCCGUAACACGAAGUGCCCCAGUGAACAGCGACAGCCAAGGUCGAUGCGGGGCCCGUUUCCUGACCACCUACGACAGGAGGUUUGUCAUUAAGGCAGUGUCGAGCGAAGACGUGGCAGAGAUGCACAACAUACUCAAGAAGUACCAUCAGUUUAUAGUGGAAUGCCAUGGGAACACCCUUCUCCCCCAGUUCCUAGGCAUGUACAGACUCACCGUGGACGGAGUGGAAACCUACAUGGUAGUCACCAGGAACGUAUUUAGUCACAGGUUGACUGUGCAUCGGAAGUAUGAUCUGAAGGGCUCAACAGUCUCCAGGGAAGCAAGCGACAAAGAAAAGGCCAAGGAUUUGCCAACGUUCAAAGACAACGACUUCUUGAACAAAGGCCAGAAGCUCCACGUUGGAGAAGAGAGUAAAAAGCACUUCCUUGAAAAGCUAAAGCGGGAUGUGGAGUUUUUAGCUCAGCUGAAGAUCAUGGACUACAGCCUGCUAGUGGGCAUUCACGAUGUUGACCGGGCAGAGCAGGAAGAGAUGGAUGUGGAGGAUCGGGCCGAGGACGAGGAGUCUGAGAAUGAUGGCAUUGGCGGGAACCCUAUUGGCUCUUACGGGACCCCACCUGACAGCCCCGGCAACCUCCUCAACUUCCCGCGGUUCUUCGGGCCUGGGGAGUUUGACCCUUCAGUUGACGUAUAUGCGAUGAAAAGCCAUGACAGUGCCCCUAAGAAGGAGGUGUAUUUCAUGGCCAUUAUAGACAUUCUUACGCCGUACGAUGCAAAGAAGAAAGCUGCACAUGCUGCCAAAACAGUGAAACAUGGGGCCGGGGCGGAGAUCUCCACGGUGAAUCCGGAGCAGUACUCUAAACGCUUCAAUGAAUUUAUGUCCAAUAUCCUGACAUAGUCACCUUCUAUCCUGAGCCAGAAAGGAAAAGAAGAGGGGCUACUUCUAAGCAGAGAACACGGCUUGUGACACUAAAACAGACACUGUAGCAGCACGUGGGGUAUGAGUGAGUGUGAGCGUGUGGCACUGUAUGAUUUACAGGAAACUAAUCUAGGUGCAUUCUCAAAUAUUCUACUUGACCCAGGUGGAAAAGUGGCUUUUUUCCUUUUGUUACAGAAAUGCCCAAAUAGAGAUUUGAGGCUUUUUUAAAAAAGAGAAUCUAAUUGCUGCAGCAAUGCUGUUCAUAAUGACAUUUUCUCUUCUCUGAUCACAAGAUGCCAGUAAGGAUACCACGAACAGCUGUUUAAAAGGGGGAGCUCUAACCUGUAGCUUGUGUUAAAUAAGAGGAGAAGCAACGCCUAAUUCCACAAACUGCUGUUCUUUUUAAUGGACAGCUUGUUUGUUUUUUAACAGAAAGCCGUACAAACCCUUUUAUUUCGUUCUUGGUAGGAGUCGGGGGGCAGGGAGUAGUCUGCCAUUUCAAGAAUGAAAAUAUGUUGAGGAGCUGCUGAACCUUAACUAGGUAAAUUCAAGCUGGGAACUUUUUUUGGGGGGGAGGGAGGGGUGUUAAAUUUAUUUUACUUAAGAAAUUACCAUCACAAGAAAGACAAGGGAAAUGAACAUCUACCAAAGCUGGUCACGUAAGGCAUAACUCAUAGAAGCUAAAAAAUAGUAUGAAAAGUACUGGAGAGCCACAGAACCAUCAUGCUUGGGAUAGGCAGCCUGGGAAGAUUCCCUUGAAGAAGAAAAUCAUGUUAACUUAUUCUGCAGGUCUGGGGUUACAUUUGGCUGUCUAGAAAAAACAAUUAUUAAAUCUCCCUGCCUCUAAAAUAGAGCUGACGCAUGGCAGUUCUGCCAGUGUUAAUCUAGCUAAAGUUCAGUCUUCCUAACUCGUCCAAGCCUGUUACAAGUACUUGAAUUGUUGCCUGAGAGAGGUUUAAAAAACCAACCAACCAAGUCAACAUGACGUGCAUCUUGAAAAAUGUAAAUUGCUGUCAGUUUGGAGUGUUGGUAGUUGUGACUGUGUCCCCAGUUCCACUGCUCAAGGACUCCGAAUUUGAGCUGUAAUUGUCUACGCUCUGCUCCAAGUCCAUAAAUCUAGCUGGUAGAGUGAGUCAGUGGGCAUAAAUGACUGAAUGCUUCCUCCAGAUAUUUUCCCCCUAAGGAAUUUGAACUGAUUUGCGUGAUUGAAUUAUGUCCUAUUUGUCUCCAGACCACUUGUAAUAUUUUUCACAGCCAAGUUUGUCGAACUUGCUGUAAAUUUAAUUAGUUCUGCUGCACAACAGUUAUGUCUGGUUUUUUUUAAGCAAGAUUUAGCUGUUUUGAAGAGAUACCUUGCAGUUGACAUAAGUUGCUUAUCUGCCUUGAAACUGUUUUCACAAAUGCCUUUGUUUCAGGAAUACGCUGUUAGAAUGUUUGUGUCCUGUGCUAUAAUCUGUGCUAGUUUGCUCUGUCAAUUUGGUCCUGUUUGAGAGAUAGGUGGUACUCAUCAUGUCUUGGUAACUAACUAGACUAAUGCUAGCAGUGAUUGGAUUCUGAAUGCAGGAUAACUUUUUUUUUAAUCCACGUUCCUGAUGUGAUUCCACAGCUCUCAGCACAGGGGAAUGACGGGGGAUUUGUCAAGACUGAAAAAUAGGCUUAGAAGAGUACACUGUAAAUAUUGUUUUAAAAAGGUCUAAAACAAAUCAUUGAUUUUAAUGGGACACGAAA